UGCAUUAAACGUCAAUAAAUAAUGUCACUUGUCAAAACUGUUUUCGAAGCGUUGUAAACUCGUAAAGGUUAAGUGUAUUUUCACGGCCUUUUUUAAAUAUUAAAUAAUGGAUUUCCAAAACCGCCCCGGGGGCAAGACCGGCGGGGGCGGCGUCGCCUCUUGGUCCGAGACCAAUCGCGACCGUCGCGAGCGUCUCCGACAGCUAGCUCUCGAGACCAUCGACCUCCAGAAGGACCCCUAUUUCAUGAAAAACCACUUGGGUUCUUACGAAUGCAAACUUUGCCUCACCUUGCAUAAUAACGAAGGAAGCUACCUUGCCCACACCCAAGGCAAAAAGCAUCAAGCGAACUUGGCCCGGCGCGCCGCCAAGGAAGCCAAGGACUCCCCCACACUUCUCCAGCCCGAAAAACCCAGAGUCGAACCGAAGAAAUUCGUCAAAAUCGGACGACCCGGUUACCGAGUGACCAAGCAAAGAGAUCCUGAAACCGGCCAACAGAGCCUGCUCUUCCAGAUCGAUUAUCCUGAAAUUACGGACAACGUUUUACCCAGACACAGAUUCAUGUCAGCGUAUGAACAAAAAAUUGAGCCUCCUGAUCGUAAAUGGCAGUAUUUGCUGUUCGCGGCGGAGCCGUAUGAGACUAUUGCUUUUAAAGUGCCCAGUCGAGAGGUGGAGAAAAUGGAUAAUAAAUUUUGGACGCAUUGGAAUAGGGACACGAAGCAGUUUUUCUUGCAGUUUGCGUUUAAGAAUGAGGCGAAAAAACCGACGACUAUCAUUGCUAGGCCUGGUAAUAUGAUGGGAGGGGUGCCGCCUCCGCCCAUGAUUCCAGUGCCGCCGCCACCGAGGCCGCCUAUGUUUAAUGCAAUUCCGCCUCCACCACCAUUGAUGGGAGCGGUUUUACCCGUUCCACCUCCACCGCAUUAAUUUUGUAUUGACAAUAUUCAGUUAUGGUAUGUUGUAUUAUGUGAACUUCUAUCAUUGAAAAUGUUUGUAUUUAAGGGAAGUAAAAUAAAAGUAUUGUAAGUUCCCAAAA